AGCCUAGCGCAAUCUGGGGUGUUUACUCGCUUGGGAAAUUCAGCUUUCAGGGGCAGCGGAAACAGAAACGCCAACAACGACAGACACUGCUUCAUCGCUGUUCUUCACCCUCGCUGCCAUCCUCUGCCACCCGUGCUAUUGCUAUUCUGUCUGCCUCUGUCUGUCUGGCUGUUCUGUGAGGAGCAUUGUGUUUGUUGUUACUUAUUUACAGUAAUUCAUCUUCCUUGUCCCUCCCAAACCCCCAGCAGUUGAUAUCCAGCACGGCCCUCCUUAGCUAUGGCUCCUCCAACUUCUGAGACGGCUUCUCCCAUUGGAAUUGCCAACCUCCCAAAUCAACGGCACAAAAUCGUCGCCAAACGAGGAGCUGCCUUCACUAUUAUGGUUGCUGGAGAGUCCGGAUUGGGCAAAACCACAUUCAUCAAUACCCUCUUCUCGACCACAAUCAAGAACUAUGCCGACCACAAGCGUCGACAUGCCAAGCAGGUUGAUAAGACCGUUGAGAUUGAGAUUACAAAGGCUGAGCUCGAGGAGAAGUUCUUCAAAGUUCGCUUGACCGUUAUUGAUACUCCCGGCUUCGGCGAUUAUGUCAACAACCGUGACUCGUGGAUGCCCAUUAUCGAGUUCCUCGAUGACCAGCACGAAUCUUACAUGCUUCAGGAGCAACAGCCCCGUCGUGUCGACAAGAUCGAUCUCCGUGUCCACGCCUGCUUGUACUUCAUCAGGCCAACCGGUCAUACCCUAAAGCCCCUGGAUAUCGAAGUCAUGAAGCGCCUGAGCUCUCGCGUCAAUCUGAUCCCAGUUGUUGCCAAAGCCGAUACACUCAGCCCAUCUGACCUUGCCCGCUUCAAGCAACGCAUCCGCGCUGUUAUCGAAGCCCAAGGCAUUAAAAUUUACCAGCCACCUGUUGAGGAGGACGAUGAGCACGCCGCUCAGCAUGCUCGUAGCCUGAUGGCUGCUAUGCCAUUCUCCGUCAUUGGUUCCGAGAAAGAUGUCAAGACCGGCGAUGGUCGCAUUGUCAAGGGUCGCCAGUAUGCUUGGGGUGUAGCCGAGGUUGAGAAUGAGGAGCACUGCGAUUUCAAAAAGCUGCGCUCCAUUCUGAUCCGUACCCAUAUGCUUGACCUCAUUCACACCACUGAAGAAUCCCACUAUGAGGCUUACCGCGCCUUGCAAAUGGAGACGAGAAAAUUCGGCGAAGCCCGCCCCAGAAAGCUCGACAACCCCAAGUUCAAGGAGGAAGAAGAGAACCUCAGAAAACGCUUCACCGAACAAGUCAAGAUCGAGGAACAGAGGUUCAGACAGUGGGAGCAGAAGCUUAUCUCCGAAAGAGAUCGUCUCAACAAGGAUUUGGAAAGCACUCAUGCAGCUAUCAAACAACUCGAACAGGAACUCGAGCAAAUGCAAGGCUCCGCUGUCCGCAGCCAUGGUCGCCGUUAAGUGUUGGAUGGGUGUAUUGAUGUUUGAUGCUGUUGAGUUGUAGAAGGGUAGAUGUCUCUUUCGAAUACCAUACGCGUUGAUUCUCCAUGCCUGGUUGGCGUGGGCCCAAAAUUGUCGACCCGAAACAAUUCCCUUUUUAUUUGGCGGGAAGGCGACUCGUUUGGGAUUGAUUACUUUUUGUCGAAUCCAUUUCUUUUCCUACUUUUCUAUUUCGUAUUUCCUUUCUAUGUCUUCCAUCUUUGACUGAUACCUAGCGUAUUCCCCCACCUCCAGAACCCGAUAAUAUUCUCAUUUGUUAUAUGUAGCGCGGUUUUAUUAUUACUUUUAUUAUUCGAAAUAUCUCACUUUAAUUCUACAGGUUUUCUUUCCCCA